AGGUAGGCUUGUGUGGUAGGUCUAGAGGGCCCUACAUUGCACCACAUAACGUAGGAGAAGAAGCGGUGUAGUCGAUUUAAUGCAUAAUAAUUUUCUCAAGGACUCGUAAAUAAUCUGGGUAGCGACCGAGUUUAGCGCCUGCUCGAAACCAGCAAGGAACCGCGGCUUCAAGCGCCGAAUCGCAUAUAACGAUAUUAUUUAGGCUUGAAGCACCAGAGCUAGGUGUCAGCUGUGGAAAUUUAGCGCAUCUGAACGACGAUGGCAUCUUGUCGAGAGGUCAAGCAGCGACCCGGCUGGGGGGCGGCUUGCGUGCCGAGUCGCGGUGCAUUAAGGCCGUACUUAUCACUGAGCCCAAGGGCACCUGUCAGCCUGCAGUUCCCACACCCCCGCAACAGUUCGCCUCAGCUCCCGGCGUUGUUGCGUCCCAGACCCCAGGGUCAAUGCGUUGGUCAGCAGCGUACACGCCUUCUAGCGGCUGCAAGUACAGCAGUCGAAGUGGAUGUGGCAACGUCAGCAUCAAGCAACAAUCGUACAAACGUCGCUGGCCCCAUGAAUGAUAUGGGAAUCACGGGUCCCGCGCCCCCACCCGCCAGCCUGACCUCCGCUCCCGACUCAGGCACAGCACCCUCACAAGGGACCGAGGCCGUCCCACCCUUCAUCUGGACACGCCACUGGUGGCCUCUGCUGCCCGAGGCCUACCUGCGGCCUGAGCGGCCCAACCCGGUGCAGCUGCUGGGGCUGUCGCUGGUGGUGUGGCGGGAUGGCGCCGGCAGCUGGCGCGUGUUCCGAGACCAGUGCC